AAUUCCACUCAAAUUUGAGUGAUAAAAAGUAUAAUUCUUGUCUUGUAUAAGAGUAAUAAUUAACUAUCUCAAGCGGUGGCGAUAAUGUAUGUGCUCAGCUUUAUACAUUAUUUAGAAUCGAAAGUAAUACCAAAUCAAUCGAAUAUACCACUUUGGGAUUUUUGGAAAAAUCCUAACACUACUACAAUUGAAGACCUUACAACAAUACAGGUUACCGAUAAAGACGGCUUGCAGUUUUUCUAUCUCAAUUCAGUUCUUGGACGUGAUAAUACAAUCAAAAUAGAUUUUAAUAAUGUAUCAGCUAUAAAUGAGCACUGGAUGAAAGGCUUACCGUUAAAAGUUACUACUCAUGGUUGGAAAGGAUCGGAACAAAAAUCCACGGAUAACAAGGAAGAAACUGUAUAUGAUAUCAACAUGGCAUAUGUCGACCUCGGGGGAUUCAAUAUAAUAACGGUGGAUUGGAAAGGUAUGGCAGAUAGUCCUUAUGGAUUCCCAAUGUCUGCAGCUCUGGCCUUAGCAGUUGGUUCUGCGGUUGCUGUAUUUUUGGAAAAUGUGGUUAAUCAAACAGGAAUCGCACCAUCGGAUAUACAUUUAAUUGGCCAUAAUCUCGGAGUCCACGUAGUAGGAAGAUGUGGUUUUCGUUUUCAAAAGGGGAAAAUCGGCAGAAUUACUGGAUUAGAUCCAAACAACAUUCGACAUUACCUCAGUACUCUCGAUCUAAAACCUUUGAGCGCAAAUGAUGCCGAAUUUGUCGACGUCAUUCACACUGCAGGAGGAAAUCUUGGUUGCAUGGACAGUUUGGGCCACGCUGAUUUUUUUCCCAAUUCUGGGAUGUAUAAUCAACCAGGAUGUUCUGUAACCUUCGAUUAUCCUUUAGCUUCAGUGGAUUGCAGCCAGAAAAGAGCAUAUCAACUUUAUAUAGACUCCGUGAUACAUAGGAAUUCUUUAAUGGGUGUAAGUUGUUCCUCGUGGGACGAUUUUACGAACGACAAAUGUAAUAACAACUUUCAAAUGGCUAUGGGGCACGAUGCAUCGCCCAGGUAAAAUAAUAAUUGAUAUAAGAUACUAUUGAACAG